UUUCAAUCUUCACAUUGUGUCAUCAAUGGAGAAAAAUAACCCUGACGAAGAAGAGGACUUGUAUACUGAUGGGAUGCCUGGGGGGACCAGCAGCAAGGGAUCUUGUAGGCCUACACUUAAGCCCGGCGCCCACCAGAAGCGGCGUUCAACGGUGUUCGGUGGUCUGGGCUUGACGCGCAGGAUUUUAGAAUAGUUUUCUAUCUCUGUGCGGCUGCUGCGCGGCAGACGUUUCCAGUGGGCGAUGCUCCAUUGAAAACAAUGGAAUUCUAUUUUUUUCCGUGGCGCGGCGCGCCGCGUACGCUUCUGGUGGGCGUUGGCCUUUAAAACCAGCAAUGUAGACCAGCAACACCAACUAAAAUGACCAGCUUGAGAUGGCACGACAAUUAAAACCAGCUGAAUUACCAGCGUAAGAUGUUUAGACCAGCUGAAGGUAUGUUUUCGUGAGAGAUUUGCUGCCAGGUCUAGCUGGUCAACCAUCAUAGGCUGGUCAAACAAGCUGGUUAUCAAGCUGGUCAACCAGCAAACCACCUUAAGCUGGUCAGGCUGUUUUCAGCAGGGUAUGCUUAUAAAGUAUCAGUCUACUCAGAACAUAUUUAUUUGUAUCUUAACCCACAAAAAAUCAAGCAUAUGAAGCUAGAUAUUGUAACAUGAUCUUUUUCUUGCACUGAUAGCUUGCUCUGUGCAAUUUGCUCAAUGAGGGCAUCCAAGUCCUGUCUGACCUGCAUGAUCUACUACUGUGAGACCCACGUGAGUCAUCACUACACCGUUCCGGCUCUGCAGAGACACAAACUGGUGGACAUCACUGGAGAUCUGGAACAGAGACUGUGCCCACAGCACCACAGAGAGCUGGAGUUCUACUGCAGGACUGACCAGACCCCAGUGUGUGCACUAUGUGCUGUAAUAAAGCACAAUGGACAUGACAUAGCAGAACUGGAACAGAAUCCUCAGAUGAAAGAAAACAAACCGACUGCUUUGAAAAACCUCCCUGCUCCCAAACCAAUUCAGUUAAUUUCAGUGAAGACCGACUCUGUGUGUCUGAGCUGGGGAGCUCCUGAUGGACUGACUGAACCUCACAGCUUUAGAGUCACAUGGAGAAGUGGGGCAGACCGUGGAGAACAACAUGGAGCUCUCUCAGUGCCGGGCCUGCAAGUUGAUAUUCAGAACCUCACCCCAGGAGAGAAGUACACAUUUACUGUUGCCACCCUCUCUAAUGAUGGCAGCCAGAGUGCAUGUGUCUCUGCAAAUGUACACACAGAUAUCCCAGUUCCUGAAAAUGUAUCAUUGAAGGCUGAUCUAACAUCAGUAUCAGUGAGUUGGAGUAAACCAGCAGGAGUUGAUGAGGUGUCAUACCUGCUCACCCUCAACAGUGGUGGAGAAUAUCUGAAGACUGUUACCACCAAAUCUCUUCAGUGCUCCUUUUCUGGAUUAGAUAUAGGGAGAGAAUAUUCCAUCAGUGCUAGUACUGUCCUGAAAAAUGGGGGUCACAGCAAGCCCAUCUCUAAGACCUUCACAAUAGAUAUCCCUGCUCCUGAAAAUGUAUCAUUGAAGGCUGAUCCAACAUCAGUAUCAGUGAGUUGGAGUAAACCAGCAGGAGUUGAUGAGGUGUCAUACCUGCUCACUCUCAGCAGUGAUGGAGAAUAUCUGAAGACUAUUACCACCGAAUCUCUUCAGUGCUCCUUUUCUGGAUUAGAUAUAGGCAGAGCAUAUUCCAUCAGUGCUAUUACUGUCCUGAAAAAUGGGGGUCAGAGCAAGCCCAUCUCUAAGACCAUCACAACAGAUAUCCCUGCUCCUGAAAAUGUAUCAUUGAAGGCUGAUCAAACAUCAGUAUCAGUGAGUUGGAGUAAACCAGCAGGAGUUGAUGAGGUGUCAUACCUGCUCACCCUCAGCAGUGGUGGAGAAUAUCUGAAGACUAUUACCACCGAAUCUCUUCAGUGCUCCUUUUCUGACUUGAUGAUGGGAAAAGAAUAUUCCAUCAGUGUUAUUACUGUCCAGAAAAACGGGGGUCAGAGCAAGCCCAUCUCUACGACCAUCCCAACAGGAAAAGAGCAGUUCUACUGGGCAUGUACCAAUAAAUGCCUAAUACAACUGAUUGCAAAAUGUGAGUUAAUAAAAUCUGGCAGCCCAGCAUGUUACUUGCUUCCGACAGAGAAGACUAAAAUUGAUGGGUUAGAAGCAGUCAGAAGAUGGACAUAUGGAACAAGAGACGAGAGUAAACCUACUAAAACCAUCCUCAUAGUUGGACAAACAGGAACGGGGAAAAGCACUCUCAUCAACACCAUGGUCAACUAUGUGUUAGGGGUACAAUGGGAGGACAGAGCAUGGUUUCAGAUCACGGCUGAAGAUAAAAAUAAAAAACAGAUAGAAUCUCAAACUUCUAGCAUCACAGUUUAUGAACUGUUUCUGGAAAAGAGUUCUUGCGGUCUGAGAAUUAUUGACACUCCAGGGUAUGGCGAUACGAAAGGAAUUAACUUUGACAAGCAGAUUGCAGAGAAUUUGCAUGUGUUAUUCAAAUCUGAAGAUGGCAUUCAUGAUAUUGAAGUUGUGGGUCUUGUGGUGAAAGCUAGUCAGAAUCGACUUACUGAUUCUCAGAAGUAUAUUUUUCGUGCCAUUCUUUCACUGUUUGGUAAAGAUGUUGAAAAAAACAUAGUGAUCUUCAUCACAUACUCAGAUGGUCUAUCUGCUCCCCACCUCAUCGAGGCCCUCAAUAUAGCAAAAGUGCCUUGUGCCAAAGACCCAAAUGGAAAAGCACUGCAUUUCAUGUUUAACAACCGACAAAAUGAGGCCCAUGAUGAGGAUCAGAAGGAUUCCUACAAGGCUUUGUGGAACUUGGGAUACAAAAGUAUGAGUAAGUUUUUCAACAUUCUGGAAGGCUUUGUUAGAACAGAAGUUAAGAUGACAGAAGGUGUUCUGAGAGCGCGCAAGAGGCUGGUAGCCUGUGUCAACAGACUACAAGAUUCCAUCAGGAUGGAGGAACUGAAACAGAAUGAGCUACAGCAGAUUCAAAAAGCCUUAGAGGAAAAUAAAGUCGAAUUUGAAGUUGAUGAGCCUUACAUGGCCGAGGUCCCAAUUGAGUCAUCAUGGUGGCAUUUGAACAAAGGAGCAACAGUCUGCACCGUCUGUAAGGAGAACUGCCACUAUCCAGACUGCUGGUGGGUGAAAGACCUCUCCUGGUGCAGCGCCAUGAGCAACAACAAGUGUACUGUGUGUACUGGCAAGUGCCAUUACUCUCAACAUGCCAAAGUGAUGUUCAGGUAUGUUCCAAAAACCAAAAAGGCUACAAAGACUAUUGAGCAUUUGAAACAACAGUAUGAUAAGGAAGUGGAUAUGAAGAAAGCACUUGAAAAAGACUUGAGUGCCACAAAGGCUAAUCAGUGUAAGUUGUUGGAGGAGGCCUACCAAUGCAUUAUGAAACUGGAAGAGAUCGCUUUGCAGAAGGCUGCUUUUUCCACUCCUUUAAAUCUGGAGUUUGUUAUUGAGAAGAUGAAAAAGAAGGGAGAUGGUCAGAAAGUUCAGAAGUUGGAAGAAUUAAACACAGAAAUGAAAGCUUCAUCCCUACACUGGGUUACAGACACAGUUGGAGACCUUAAAGAGAUGUGUUCAGACGCAUGCAACAGGGUCGGUAUCGAAGUAGGCCAAGAACCAACUGAGUGUUCAAGUCAACCCCUGCCGGAUGGAAUUGAAGAAUUUGGCUGGAGAUCAUAUGAUGGAGGAGAAAGUUCAUCAUCUAAUAAAAGAGAUCGUCCACUCAUGCAGAAGAGCGUGGAAUUGAAAGAAAUGGGCAGAAGCAACGUCCAGUACUUGAGACAUAGAAAAGGCAGAGGAGAUAGGCAACGCCUGCUGGAUGAAACAGAUGAAUCUGAUUGAGGUCUGUAGCGGUGUCCUGAAGCACAAACAGGCUCAGCUCCCACAGGACCCAGGCUUCUCUCUCAGGCCCUCCAUUUCCCUCCCCCACUAAUCUCCUGAACAUCUUUGUGAAAUGAUUUAUGAGUGGAUUUUGUGAAAACCCAUCUUUUUAAACAUUAUUUUCUGAACUCUAUGUCUGAAAAUACCACCUAAGUGGACAAUGGACACAGUAGCCUCUGUUUAGUUUUGCUGGGUUUAUAGGGUGUGACUAGAGUUUGCCACUGUUUAUUGAGAACAUCGCAAAAUGAUUUAGUCCUUCACAUAGACUACUUUAAUGACUUUUAAUAUUUUUUAUAACUUUAAUUUGUUGAUGAAUAAUAUUCAUAUACAUUUAUCAUAACAAAGGGUACUUGGUAUUCCUGUUGCAAUUUUUGUAUAGGUUUGACAUUGCUUGUGAAUCUCUUGCUAAUCUGAUUCUGUAAUCAAGGCAUUGGUUUGUAUUCUGAAUACACUAAGUUUACAUGGAUAAAAUUGCCUAAAAGAACCCUUGUGACACUUUGUAUGUUUUGAGAGCAAGAAUUAAUUAAAAUGAAAA